AUGCUAACGAAUGAUACAUAUCGUAAUGAACGUAUAUUUUAUGGCAUUGCUUAUCUUUGUAUUAUAAUAUUAAGUUUUUUCGGUAAUCUAUUGGUAUGUAAAAUUUGUUGGCAAAAAUUAACAAAAACCAAUACAUUAAUCAUAUCGAUGGCUAUUUCUGAUCUAUUGAUGACCAUAUUCAAUAUACCGUUUAAUUUUUUUCGUAUUGUAAAUUUUUCAUGGCCAUUUGGACAAAUUGUUUGUUUUGUUGUGAAUUUUGUUCAACAUUGUGCUGUAUAUAUUUCCACAUAUACAAUGGCUAUUAUUGCAUUGCAACGUUAUUAUAGUGUAUAUCGUUUUCGUUCUGCAUUACAAUUGAGUAUUGAUCAACAACAAGAACAAAAUCAUAUAUAUCGUUGUCGUAAUCCAAUCAAUAAUGAUAUUGAAAAUUUUAUUCAACAAACAUUCCAUAUAAAAGCUGAUUUAUUCAAAACAAUCAUUGUGUUUAUUACACAAUAUUUUAUACCAUUAUCAACAAUCUGUUAUCUAUAUAUAGAGAUUGGUAAAAUUAUCCAUCAACAAGGCAAACUGUGUAAUGUCAAAGGAAACGCAAAAACACGUAUACGACAACGGAAAAAGAAUCGUCGAUUAUUAAUGUUAAUAUUAAUGGUCAUGGUAUUCGCCAUUUGUUGGCUACCAUUACAUUUGUUUCAUAUAUUAAUCGAUAUUGGAUUAAUUGAUUACAAUUAUCGUAUAUUUAUGAUGGUUCAUUGGUUGGCCAUGUCAUCAGUCAGCUACAAUCCAUUCAUUUAUUGUUGGUUAAAUAAAAAUUUUCGUCACACAACGAUAUCGAUAUUUUUUACAUGUUUUUCCAUGUUUAUCUAUCGACAGCUAAGUGGACAUUGA